CCCCGAUGGGGUCUCCGGCAGGCGUUCCGGGCUCGGCCGCGGCGGCGGACUCGGCGCAGUGGCUGUCGGUGAAGGAGGAGACCAUCUUCCUGCACGACGGACUGAUUCGGGUCACGGACCUGGCCGAGCUGCCCAGCGAGAUCAUCGGCGUGGCCGAGCCCGGAGACACCGAGCUGGAGAUCUUAACAUUUGAGACUAAGGAUCCCACAGAGCUGUCUGAGCGCUUACGUUCCGUUUGCGGAAAUCAGAGCAACGCUUAUGCCCGCCUUCUGGAAUACCGCUUGAAUGCUCUGCGUGGACUCUGGAACGCCCAGCGCCAGCUUGCCUUGGAAGAACAGCAUGAACGAGAAAGCUCUGGGGAUGAGGAAGCGCUGGCCUUGCUCAAGCGGCAGGGCCUCUUGCAGCAACCCGAGCAAGCGCCGUUUACGUCACGGAUGGGGCUGCUCCUGGUCUUUCCCCUCAUUGAGUCCCAAAGUAGAACAGAUCCAUCUCUAUGUAACAUAACUGCAGAGGUGCUCUUGACUUGCCUUCGUGACUGCCAGCCCUUGAGCUUGACUAAGGAGCCAGUGGACUGUCUUAACGGUAUCGAGUCCUUGCUCUGCUCGUGGCUGGAGGAAACAUCUGCCUCAGGCCAACAGAUUCCACACAAGCAAAAAGAAAAUGCUGCCGCCGCUCUUGUUGCCUUGGCUUGUGCAAGGGGAUCACUGAAAACAUUUGUCCACACAGUGCAUCUCCUACAGAAGCAAACAGAUUUGGGGUCCCUGCCUGUGGCUGAUGUAUUACACAGGUUGCUGCUUUUGGAAGGGGGACCUGGAUCGCCCUCUUGUUUGCUUGGGGGCAAACACCUGGUGUCUUGGGGUUUUGAGGACAUGUUGCCAGCACCUGAUGCCAACCCUGGCUCAAGCUCAGAAAAUAAAGAUGCUGACGUGGGACGCUGCCUUGCAGCCGACGGGCUCUAUCUUUAUACAACAAACUCUGUCGGCAGGGGAAUAAGCAAAUUAGGCUCUGGGCUGCACGGAACCUUACGAGGCUUUGUGUAUUGCCGAAACGAAGAGCUGGAAUCAGGCUGGGUUGCUUUUGGCAACGGCAAGCUUCUCCACAGGCCCGUCUCGUUUGAUAACAAACCUCACUCCCUUUUCCAGGUCAUUGACCAGAAUACCCUUCAGGUAUGUCAGCUUCUCCCAAUGCCAGCAGAUCACUUUCCUGUGGGCAGCACUAUGACUACGGUGCAUCUUUCUUCAGAUGGGACCUAUUUUUACUGGAUCUGGUCUCCUGCAAGCUUGAAUGAGAAAACACCAAAGGGACACUCCGUCUUCAUGGAUGUCUUUGAGCUUACAAUGGAAAACGGCAUCUGCGUAGCCAAUCCCCUCCAGGAGCGCAUUAUAUUAAUGAGAAAAGAGGGGGACUCGGCCAAAAGCAUCAACGAGAUGCUUCUGAGCAGGCUCUCUAGGUACAGAGCCUCCCCCUCUGCCACCCUGGCGGCCUUGACUGGCUCCACCAUCUCCAACACGCUGAAAGAGGACCAGGCAGCAGCAAAUACUAGUUGCGGCCUGCCUCUCAAAAUGCUACGGAAGACUCCCAUAUAUACAUGUGGGACCUAUCUGGUGAUGUUGGUCCCACCCCCGGGUGGCUCCGGCAGCUCUGCCACGCGGUCACUUUUUGGCGGGACGAGUGGUUUGUCAUCCUUGAAAAUUCUGGCCUCAAGUUUGGUGUACAACAUCUCGGACGGGCAGUUUGCAAGCCGAGCGGAUCUCAUUGACGCUGCUGGGAGCUCACUCGGACGUGGCGCUCUUGUUCCCGGUCUCGGUGCCUGCUAUGAUGCGAUGAACAACGUGAUCUGGACUUGCUCGAAUGACUACAUUGAUCAGUGGUGCAACCCUGGGAAUCAAGCCUUCCAUUAUGUCUGCCAGAGGCUAGGAGUCAGCCAUAUAAUCGUGGAGCCCAAAGGAGAUGCCAUAACCACGACCGAGGUUAUCAAUCAGUUACUGCACCACGUUGGUGCCAUGUGUAUCCAUCAGCUCAAUCUGCUGGCAGCAAGCAGCAACCUUCCAAUCACGACCUUCCUGGGCAAGCAGCAUCCAAUCGAAGCGCACCAUCUCUGCAGCAUUUGCGACAUUAUGGAGAAAGCCAUGGUCAACGGGGACACCUGCAUUAUACGCUGCAUCCUGGUGGUCUUCCAGGUGGUUUUUAAGUUUUUCUUCAGCCCCCAAACAGAGAAGAAUCGGGACAUUAUAAGGCGAUCUGGCCUCUUGCUUUGGCAGUUACUGAUGGCACCCGUGGAUCAGAUCAGCUCAGAAAUUCAGAAGGAGGUUUGCCUGGCAAUCAGUUCUGGUCUAAACAUCCUGUAUCCUGGAGAAGUAGAAAUUAAUAACUUGCUUAAGCUGGUCUUAACUGAAGGAGACAGAAACAGUGGGCUUGCUCAGCUUCGAGAUGUCAUCAUGACCAACUUGGCAGAGCAGCUUCAGAACAACAGAUUUGGCAGCGAAGAUGAUGAGCAUUAUAGACUAAACGACGAACUUUUGCACUACAUUCUCAAGAUUGUUGUCCGCGAAUCUUGUAUCCUAAUCACCAAGUGCCAAACCGUAUCCAGAGAUGAAUUCCAAAAGCUCCUCUCAUCCGUGCCUGCUGCCUCCUCCUGCCUGCGGUAUCUGAUGGCUGUACAGAAUCAUCUUCUGAGUAAUACAAUUUUGAUUAAGCCUGAUGAAAAUGAUGACAGUGACAGCUCCUUGCAGGGAGAGACAUUGAAGGUACAGGAGCUUAAGGCUAGUAUCCUGGCUCUCGCCACACAAAUCCUGACCGGGUGCGAUGAAGUUCUAGAAAUGCUGCAGCAAGUCACCACUGCGCUCAUAAACAGUGAUAUUCCCGACAGGGAGCAGAGGUUAAAAGGCCUGGAGCAGGUCACCAAAGCCACAAUGCUGGGACACUUGCUGCCGGUGCUCCUGACCUCUCUGAUGCAUCCCAACCUACAAACGCUGACCAUGGCGGAUGCUCUGAUGCCUCAACUGGUGCAGCUGGUCCUCUACACGAGCCAGACAGCCUUGUUGCUGAAAACCCAGUCUCCAGUGUUCUCAGAAGUGGGCAGUCCUCCCGGAGGGGCGUCUGAGCAGAGGAGCCGGCUGUUUCCUGAUGAGAGAAUGCUGGAGGAGAAAGAAGAGCCAGGCUUCCUUACUGGUUUGAAAAUCCCAGCUCCUUGGGCCGCUGGGAAAACAGUGGAGACGGUUCAUCCGGUUAGAGACAACUACAAAUUCAAGGAGACUGUGCACAUCCCGGGCGCCCGCUGCUUGUACCUGAGGUUUGACAGCCGGUGCUCCUCGCAGUACGAUUACGACAAGUUGGUGAUCUACGCAGGCCCCAACACCAACAGUCGGAAGGUUGCAGAAUAUGGAGGCAACACUCUUGGAUAUGGCAGUCGUAGCGUCUUGGGAACUGGCUGGCCCAAAGACCUAGUAAAGGUGGAGGGGGACACUGUUACUUUCUCAUUUGAAAUGAGAAGUGGCCGAGAACACAACACCCCAGACAAAGCAAUGUGGGGCUUUGCCUGCACUGUCCGAGCGCAGGAAUCUUCAGAAGAUGUGUCUGGGGGACUGCCGUUCUUGGUAGACCUUGCGUUAGGCUUGUCUGUGCUCGCUUGCUCAAUGCUGAGGAUACUGUACAAUGGACCAGAAAUAACCAAAGAGGAGGAAACAUGCCAAGAACUUCUGAGGUCCAAACUUUUACAGAGGUGCCAGUGGCAAGUGGAAGCCAACGGCGUCAUCUCGCCAGCCCUCACGCCAAGCCCUUCCCCGCUGCCGCUCACGAUCGACGAAGAUCGGGAAUUCACUUACCCGUCCGAUGUCCUUGUGCCCCCCGUGGGCCACUACUUUGACCUGCCACGGAUCAGGCUCCCUCCCGGCAUCAUGAUCAAACUCAGGGAAAUCUCCGGCCGCGCUCGGCCUCAGUUUCGACCCAGCAUCAGGGAAGUGGUCCAGCCAGACAUAAUGGAGGAGAUGGUGGUUUCCUGCGUGAUCAAACACUUGAACCUGGUGGAUGCGCUUCAGUCCCUCAUCAACUUCCAGUAUCAAGAGGAGCAUGCGGAGGAGUACGACUUGCUCUGUAAAAUUAUGGGAGAAACCUUUAAGAAGCUAAAUGCCAUGGAAAGGCAGCUGCAGAGUGUCGCUGAGCUAGAACAGAAAUGGCAAAGCGAAGUGGACGAUGCCAUGCAUGGGAAACUGGAGAACAACGUGCCCUUCUUUUACGAUUAUCACUUUAAUGAGAGCAAGAUGAAGGAAUUGGAACUUCUGUGCUCAAUGAAAGAGAUUUCUUUCGACGGAAGCGAUCUCGAGAAUAUGGUACUUUCGCUGAGGGAAAAAUUCUUCCAGGAAGUAAACUCCCUGGUCCAGAAGCCUUUGCAUCCCAUGGCGAAAACAAAGACAUUGGUCAAGAGUCUGAUGAACCGAGCAGAACUGCUGCUGCACGUCACCAUCGCCGCCCAGUCAGGGCUCACCAGGAGCAUCUCUGGCACACCUGCGGAGACACCAGCUUGCAAGUCAGCGUCUGAAACAAAGGUGAUCUCUCACGCGGUUCGCCAGCCCGUCUUUCUCCGCAGCAUGUCAGCGCCCUCUGACCUGGAAAUGAUUGCGAAUGAAGACCUGGAGUUCACGAGGUCAAGCCAGAGGCGCCGCCACGUGACCAGCCACAGGAGCAGCUCCUUCACCCUGCUGCAGUCGCUGACGACCGAGGACAGCCAAGACAAGCCCGCCUACAGCGUCCUGCUGGGCCAGUUGUUUGCCUUCAUUGGGACCAAUCCUGACCAAGCGGUGUCUAGCAGCAGUUUCCUGUUAGCUGCUCAGACCCGAUGGCGCCGUGGGAACACCCGGAAACAGGCCCUGGUGCAUAUGAGGGAGCUCCUGACAGCCGCUGUUCGUGUUGGUGGUGUGACUCACCUGGUGGGUCCCGUCACAAUGGUCCUUCAAGGAGGCCCACGAAUCGAAGAGCUUACGUGUGGCGGGAUGGUGGAGCAGGUGCAAGAAGCCUUCGGGGAAACCAUGACCUCGGUGGUGGCGCUCUGCGCUCGCUACCCCAUCGCGUGUGCAAACAGCAUCGGCCUGUUGUGCACGAUACCCUACACCAGGAGCGAAGAGAAGUGCCUGGUGCGGAGCGGCCUGGUGCAGCUGAUGGACCGCCUGUGCAGCCUAAGCAGCCAGGCCGAGUCCAGCUCCAGCGAGAAGCAGACGAAGAAGCAGAAGGUGGCCACCAUGGCCUGGGCCGCGUUCCAGGUGCUGGCCAACCGUUGCGUCGAGUGGGAAAAAGAGGAAGGCGGCUCCACGGAGGCUGUGCACUCGGGCCUGGCCCGUCAGGUCUCCAGCCUCUUAACCAACCACCUGGCACGCGCCACCGAGUGCUGCGGCAACCAGGCCGCUGGCAAUGAUGCCCUGCAGGACGUCCUCAGCCUCCUGAACGAUCUGUCAAGGAGUCACAUUGGCAAGGCCAUCCUGAGCCAGCCAGCCUGCGUGUCCAAGCUUCUCUCUCUGCUCCUGGACCAGCGUCCAUCCCCGAAGCUGGUCCUCAUCAUCCUUCAGCUCUGCCGUGCUGCUCUCCCGCUCAUGAGCGUCGAGGACUGCGGGAAUGUCGAACUGCCGCCCUGGAGUUACUCUGUGCCCUCCCUGAACAGCGAGCAAGAUGACCCCAGUGACCCCGCCUCCAAAAUUGCCUCCCUGCUCUUGGCAAAACUGGCAGAUUACGUGGUUCCAGGAUGCCAGACGGUUCUCUCCCCAACCGCAUCCGAGCCUGAUAUGUCUCUGACAAAGGCCAGCCCAAAAGGGUCCCUCAAAGGAGACAAAGACCCAGGAGAAGAGAGCGAGGCUGUAGAUGGUAAACUUUCCAUAUUCAUUCACAAGCGGGAAGACCAGUCAUCUCACGAGGUCCUUCAGCCCCUGCUAAGCAGCUCAGAAGGUCGGCCAUUUCGCCUCGGAACGGGCGCCAAUAUGGAGAAGGUGGUUAAGAUGGACCGAGAUAUGACUAAAAGUGGCUGCUGUGAAGUGAUCACAGAGGAGGCAGCAGCGGCUUUGCGGAAGGCCACCAAGUGGGCGCAGUCGGGGCUGAUUGUGAGUGUGGGGCCGCCGGUCGAAACGGUCAACUCGGAGAGCACCAGCGGCCUGUCAACGGGGGACAAAAAGAAAACUGCGCAGACCUCCGUUUGCCGGGAGCGGAAUUCAGAGCUCGCCAGAACUGACCCCGUGCGGCCCUUCAUCAGUGGCCACGUAGCAAACAGCAUGGCUGCGGAGGUGAUCGCUUUGCUUCACAGCUUGCUUAUGGCCCCAGAGUCCAACGCGGCUCAAAUAUGGACAACCACUGCUGAAAAAGUUCUGUCUCGUGCGCUGAUGUACAUUCCCCAGCUGGGAAAAUACGCUGAGAGCAUCCUGGAGAACGGAAGCAGCAGCGGCAGGAAACUGGCCCAGCUGCAGAGGAUCGCCCGCCAGGCGGUAGCGGCCCUGUGUGCUCUCGGUGGCUUCAAGGAGACCAUCAAGAUUGGCUCUGAAGUGCAGGUUUUGGGUAGGGGAAUAGCAGGAAGUUUUGGAGUGGUGGCAUCUAUUAAUGAACAGGAAGGUAUAGCAACGGUCAAAUUUCCACCUACCAGUAUAGACUGUAGAAAGACCUCCCAGGCAUCAGACAUUUUAACUAUUCCAUUAUCUAGGCUCUGUGUUCCAAGAUCAGAGGCAUUGCCUCUCCAUAAACUGUCCAUUACUGAGAAGGUAGUACAGGCAGUCCAGUCCAUGUUGCUUCCUCAGGAGGGGAGUCUCUCUAUUCAUACCUCACUUCCUGCAACAGGAGAUGGCUCAACCCCAGUAAUGGCAGUGGUCCGACUCCUUGCUGAAAUCAGAACCAGAGCAUGCCUGGUGAUGGCCCAGUUAUUAGAGGACAGUUCCUUCUGUGAGGAAUUCAUCGAGCAGUGUCCAGCUGCUGUAGAAGUCCUUAACCUCGUGGCCCAGGAGUGCAGCCCCGGGGAGCGGCUCCUGGUGGUAGAAGUGCAGUGCGAAAGGCUGAGGAUGCUGUACCGCGACAGUGCCCGGCCGCCGCCGCCGCCACCGCAGGCAGACCGAAGGCAGACCCAUCUCUUCUUGGUGCAGCCCAAGGAAAUCACCUGGAGCCCCUCGAGGGUCUUCCCCCCCGUGCGAGCCUGCAUGUUCUCCUCCCACCUGACUGCCGUGACCUUCCUUGCGGACCCCAGUGCGGGUGGAGGGCUGCCCCGUGGCACCUUCGUUUACGCCACGUUGCCAGUCCCGGUGCAGGCACCCUCCUUCUACUGGGAGAUUGAGAUCGUGUCCUACGGAGAUACAGAUGACGACACGGGCCCCAUUGUCUCGUUUGGCUUCGCCACAGAGGCGGAGAAGCGCGAUGGAGCAUGGACCAACCCCGUGGGCACCUGCCUCUUCCACAACAACGGGCGAGCGGUCCAUUACAACGGUUCCAGUUUGCUGCAGUGGAAGAGCGUGCGGCUGGAUGUGACCCUCUCUCCUGGUGACAUUGCAGGCAUCGGCUGGGAAAGGGCGGAAGGCACCCCUCCCCCUCCCGGGCAGCCAGCCAAAGGCAGGGUGUAUUUCACGUACUGCGGACAGCGGCUGGGGCCCUACCUGGAAGACGUGUCCGGGGGCAUGUGGCCUGUCGUGCAUAUCCAGAAGAAGAACACCAAAGUCAGAGCCAAUUUUGGGUCCCGACAGUUUGCCUACCCAGAAGGCCAAGCUCACCGGAACGCCGCUGACCUCUGCGUUGACCUUGCAGAAGAGAUCAGCGCUAACUUUGAUGUGCUGCCUUUUGCCACGGCGUCCGAUAGCGAUAACGACGCCGGCACCAGCACCGCCUCUGACCCCGGCACCCACGGGCCUCCCUGCAGGAUCGCCGCUGUGGCCACUGCUCAGCAGCAAUACGACAGUGACACCUCUUGCCAUUAUAAGAUGGAACUCAGCUACGAGAACUUCAUCACGUCAGGCCCAGAGCCACACCCCCCUCCCAUCGCAGAUGACGAAAGCGACGACGACGACGACGACGACAUCCCGCGGGAGGAUCACUACGCCUUGCUAGUCAAAGCCUGGGAGACCAAAGUUUUCCCUACAAUUAGAAGACGAUUCCGCAACGAAGCAGAGAGGAAGUCUGGGCUGGACCAAAUUAAAGGAGCUUUACAACUGGGAAUGGUUGAUAUAGCUCGGCAAACAGUGGAGUUCCUCUAUGAAGAGAACGGGGGCAUUCCCCGAGACCUGUACCUUCCCACGAUUGAGGACAUCAAAGAUGAAGCCAAUAAGUUCACCAUCGAUAAAGUUCGAAAAGGUCUCGCUGUCGUCACCCGCUGCCCAGACAGUAACAACGUGGCCAGCAACGCCGUGGGAACAGCACUGCCGAAGUUCGCUAUCCGGGGGAUGCUGAAGACGUUUGGGCUCCACGGAGUCGUUCUAGAUGUGGAUUCGGUGAACGAACUUGUCCAAGUUGAGACAUACCUCAGGAGCGAAGGUGUGCUGGUAAGAUACUGGUACCCCAUUGACAUGCUCGAACGACCACCCGCUGGCUACAGGAGGACCGCGACAAAUGGGCUAGUUUCCCUGGACAAUUCAAACAUCCAGGUCCACAGAGAACUUUUGCGCUGCGAAGCUGCCCUUGCCAGGCUGUACUGCCGCGUGGCUCUGCUCAACAUUUUUGCUCCCAAAUCUCCUCACAUGUUCACGCAUCUGUUUCACAUCCCUGCCGUCCGGGACAUCACUCUGGAACAUCUCCAGCUGCUCUCCAGUCAGCUGCUUGCACCACCGCUCCCUGAUGGGACCAUCAGUUCCAGUUCCAUCCUGCUGGCCCAGUCCCUGCAGCACCGCAUCCAUUCCCAGAACUGCUCCGCCACUGACCUCUUCUACCAGGGUGGUUCCCAGACAGUCCAAGAGUGGCUUACCGUUGCCAUCACUCGGAGCCUCCAUCAGGGGGAGGACAGCCUGCUCGAUCUGACCAAACAGAUCUGUUCCUUCCUGCAGAAUGCUCCCGAGCAGUUCCCCUCGGAGGAGUUUCCCAUUUCCGAGUCCAAAGUAAGCAUGGACGUCAAUUUCCCUGGGGCAGCCUUUGUGGUCGUGUCCUGCAAGGAAAGCCAGUCCGGAUUCCGCAAAGACUCCUCCCUGUACAAGGCCCCCUGGGCCCGGAUCCUGGUCUAUGGCCUUGGCCACAAAGUAAAGAGGAACGGCCAGCUGAACCUCAUUGAGGCUGUGUGCUACCCUCGGGAUGCGUCCCCAGCCAACACGGGCCUGACCCCGCCCCCCACCACGAACCAGUAUCCCGCGGUCAUCAUUUCUGCAGACAAAAUCCACAUCAAACUGGGUGUGUCUCCCCCGCCUGGAGCGGUGCUUGUCCUGCAUUCCCUACCCCUGGAAUUCCCGCUGGCCCUGGCGUUCGCAGAACAGCUGCUGGCCGGGAAACUGGAGGACUGCGAGGGCAAGUCCGAAGAGCAGCUGGAGACCAUCCCUGCCUCGGUGCUCCUGCAAGUGGUCGAGAUUCUAGGGAAUUUCCUGUGGACGACCAACAUGGCGGCCUGCGUGAAGGAGCUGCUGUUCCACCUCCUGGCGGAACUGCUUCGCAAAAUCCACGGCUUAGAGCAGAAGAAGACUCCGACAGGCCUGUCUUCCUCCAUUGCCCUCCAGCUCAACCCGUGCCUGGCCAUGCUGAUGGCCCUCCAGUCAGAACUGCACAAGCUGUAUGAUGAAGAAACCCAGAACUGGGUGUCUGGGAACGCCUGUGGUGCGGCCGGGGCAGGAGGAGCCGACCAGGGGAGAUUUUCCACCUAUUUCCACGCGCUGAUGGAGGUCUGCCUGGCUGUGGCAGAAGUGACCCUGCCGAUCAACAUGAGCAUCACCGCCAACGUCAUGUCAUCAACGAGCGGCCCACACCUGAGUGAUUCCUCCUCCUCCUCCUCCUCCUCCCCCGGGCAGACACCCCAGAGCCCCAGCCUCCUGUCAAAGCGGAAGAAGGUGAAGAUGAAGCGGGAGAAGACGUCGGCCUCGGGGAAACGGACCUCGCCCCGAACCACUGAUGCCGACGCCGCCCUGCUGAGCAUCGGCGGGAGCAAGCCGGAGGACAUGCUGUGGUUCCACCGGGCCCUUACCUUGCUCAUCAUCCUCCGCCACCUGACUAAGAAGGACCCUCAGGGCCUGGGGGUGACCAACGACGCCGUGGCAGACGCUUGCCAAGCCUUGGUCGGGGCGACUGCCCACAGCCGCCUGCUGGUGAUUUCGGGCAUCCCCACGCACCUUGAGGAGGGCGUCGUGCGGAUCGCCAUCCGCAAGGCCUGCAACGCACACGGCGGCGUCUUCAAGGACGAGAUCUACAUCCCGGUGCAGGAGGAGGAUCCGAAGAAGGCCCGGGACAAGGCGGAAGGGGGGGAGUGUAGGACGGAACUGGACAAGGUCGUGGUCUCCAGCAGCGUGGACAGCCUGGACGUCAGCAGCUCCAGCAGCGUCACGCCGGCCAUGAGCGUCAGCGCCUCCGCCUCGACCAGCCAGGCCUCCCUCUGCAGCUCGCAGGGCAUCUCCCGGACCGUCAGCGACAUCUCCGUGGACCAGUUCCAAAGUGCCCUGGAGAUGGCCAUCCCACCCAGCCUGCUGGAGCCCCACGUGGUGUCGAGCCAGGACAGCCUGGACCUUUCCCUCUGCAGCACCGGGAGUCUGGGCAGCCUGGGCAGCCUUGGGGAGCCGCUGGACAACGUGGAGGCAGCCUCCGUCUCGGACGUCGGGUCGAUGUACACCGUGACGUCGCUGGACAGCCAGCCAGUCCCCUCGAGGCCCAUCAAGGGCUUUGCAGUAGUGGAGAUAAGAUCCCGGGCCAAAAUAGAGAAGAUUCGUGCCAGCUUAUUUAACAGCAGCGAUCUGAUUGGUUUGUCGAGCCUGGACGGGGAAGACGAACUCAUGGAAAUGUCCACAGAGGAGAUUUUAACCGUCUCCACUGUGAACCAGAGCUUGUUCGACACCCAGGGGAGCCCGGCACUCGAAGACUAUUUCAACGACAAGACCAUCAAAGGUGACAAACUUGUGCCGGGUGCUCGCGACGUCCUCACUGAGAUAUUUAAAAGCUGCCUCCACUCUGAGCAAAUGCUGAGCUUGACGCCGGCAAAGCCCACCAAAGUGGCCGAGAUUUACCUGAGCAAAGAGCAGAUCAAUGCCCAGACGCCCGGGAACCUGCUGCACACCUUCUUCACCAACGUCCGCCCCCCAAAGAAGGUCCUUGAGGAUCAGCUCACCCAGAUCCUGCGGAAAUACGGGGCUCCCAAGCCAAAGUUUGACAAGGCCAAGUACAACAAGGCGGGCAAAGAGCAGCACCCGGUGAAGGUCGUGAGCAGCAAACGGCCCGUCACCAAGCCCCCGGCCAAGGAGAAGGCCGUGCUCAACAGUGUCAGCAGGACGGCUUUGAGUGAGAAGAAGCCCAUGGUGAAGCCCAAAUCUCCAGAGAAAAGUAAGCCCGAGGACAAAGACCCUGACAAGUCUCCAGCAAAGAAACAGGAGGUUCCGGAGGAGAAGUACCUGACGCUGGACGGAUUUCACCGAUUCGUCAUCGAUCGGGCAAAGCAGGAUAUCCGUAGUGUGUGGCGGGCCAUUCUGUCCUGUGGUUACGACCUUCACUUUGAAAGAUGUGCCUGCAUCGACGCCCGGCACGCUCAGAAGGCCUCCCGGAAGUGGUCCUUGGAGAUGGAUGUCGCCCUGGUCCAGUACAUUGACCGCCUGUGCCGCCACCUGGCCAUCACCCCGGCUCGGCUGCACCCGCACGAAGUGUACCUGGACCCCGCCGACACGGCCGACCCGCGCGUCUCCUGCCUGCUGCACGUGCCCAUCGAAAGCCUUCGCCUGCGCUUCGCGCUGCUGCAGUCCCUCAACACCACCCUGGAGACGUUCUUCCUGCCCCUGGUGGAGCUCCGGCAGACCGAGAUGUACAGCAACAGCAUCGCGGCACUGCUGCAGGAGGCCAAGGGCUUCAUCUUCUACGACACAAAAGUGACUGUCAUGAACAGAGUGCUCAAUGCCACUGUGCAAAGAACAGCUGAUCACGCCGCCCCCGAGAUCACCCUGGACCCCCUGGAAAUAGUUGGAGGGGAGAUCCGUUCUGCAGAAAACUCCUACUUCUGCCAGGCCGCCCGGCAGCUGGCGUGCGUCCCGUCCUCACAGCUCUGUGUGAAGCUGGCCAGUGGAGGGGACCCCACGUACGCCUUCAACAUUCGCUUUACCGGCGAGGAGGUCCAUGGCACAAGUGGCUCUUUCCGCCACUUCCUGUGGCAGGUCUGCAAGGAGCUCCAGAGUUCGCUGCUGUCCCUCCUCUUGCUGUGUCCCAGCUCGGCGGUCAAUAAGAACAAGGGCAAGUACAUUCUGACGCCCAGCCCCAUCAGCUACGGGGAGGAGCAGCUGUUCCACUUCUUUGGGCAGCUGCUGGGGAUUGCCAUUCGGGCAGACGUGCCCCUGCCCCUGGACCUCCUGCCCUCCUUUUGGAAGACCCUGGUAGGAGAACCGCUGGAUCCCGACGGUGACCUCCAGGAGGCCGACAUACUGACCUACAACUAUGUCAAAAAAUUUGAGAACGUCACCGACGAGACGGAGCUGGAGGCCCUGUGUGCUGAAAUGGCGUCGCAGCAUCUCGCCAUGGAAAGCCCCGACUGCCCCAGCAAGCCCAGCUGCAAGUUCACCUACCUGGCAAUGACGGGAGAGGAGGUGGAGCUGUGUGCCCGGGGCAGGCACAUCCCGGUCGUGUGGGAGAACAAGGACGUCUACGCCGCGGCCAUCCGAGGCCUGAGGCUCCGCGAGCUGCAGACGCCCGAGAGCGUGAUGGCCGUGAGGGCCGGCCUGGGCUCCAUUAUCCCGCUGCAGCUCCUGACCAUGCUGACCCCGCUGGAGAUGGAGCUGCGGACGUGUGGGCUCCCCUACAUCAACCUGGAGUUCCUCAAGGCCCACACCAUGUACCAGGUGGGACUGAUGGAGACUGACCCCCACAUCGAGUUUUUCUGGGGGGCGCUGGAGAUGUUCACCCAGGAGGAGCUCUGCAAGUUCAUCAAGUUUGCCUGCAACCAGGAGCGCAUCCCCUUCACCUGCCCCUGCAAGGACGGCGGGCCAGACACGGCCCACGUCCCGCCCUACCCCAUGAAGAUGGCCCCCCCGGACGGCACUGCAGGUUCUCCGGACUCACGUUAUAUCCGUGUUGAGACCUGCAUGUUCAUGAUCAAACUCCCACAGUAUUCUUCCUUGGAGAUAAUGUUGGAAAAGCUCCGGUAUGCCAUCCACUACCGUGAGGACCCUCUCAGCGGCUGAGCCACCCCACGUGAAGGCAAGGUACAGGCGCUCUGAGGAGGCCCUCUGGGGCAGCCCUUGCUCAGCUGAGUGUCUCCCAGGGUCACCAAGGCAAGAGCUGUUCCUCCAAGCCUUUGCUUCUUCAACCGAGAGGACCUUCUGUUGCUUACUUGUAGACUCAUGUGGUGGAUGGGUUGUCUUUGCUGCCUUGUCUGUGAGGUAUUUAUAGGGUGAAUUGAGUACACAGAGUGACAUUCACAAACCUCAAGAUCCUUACGUUUCUUUCACCUUAGAAGAGUGCUAAUCGCAGGAAUUUAAUAAUGAGGUUUUCAAGGAGGUGUUCUUCCCACUGACAUUUCGGUGCGCAAAAAAGAGAGAAAGAAAUGGGGCAGCUGUGCAUCUCCCGGGGCCAUACAGUCAGCAUCCUGUAACUGCUAACACCAUGCCCACCUCCAGGGGCAUGUGCUGGCAGCUCUCAGUUUGGUCAGGGAAGGGGUCGGAGUGAGAACACACAGCUUUGUUGACAAAGAACCAGAUCGGUUCAUGGUUCCCAAGAGGCCGAGUGCAACGAGAUGCGUGUUUUGGGUUUCUGUCAUACUGCAAGAACUCAUCUUCCUUUGAACCUGCCCAGUGAAUUGGCUUAAACUAAAACAAACCUGCCUUUCAGGCCUCCAUAGUAGAAACACUGCCAGGUUUUUAUACCCAGAAAUGAGCAGAGGUUUCUGUUAAAAUGUCGCAUCCAAGGGAGGAACAGAAGGGAGGAAAGGUGAAAACUGCCUGAUUUCUGAGAGGACAUUUUACUUUUCCUCCUAAAAUAAAACUCCAGGCAGAAUCCACUUGACCUUCCUCUUCUGUAGCUUCCUUCUGUUCCAGGUUGGCUUUGCUGGGAAUUGUGGGAAAGCUUCCCCCUGCCAUCAAAGGAAAGCUACAGAAAAGCCACGGUGGGUGGACUGUUCUGGGUGCAUUGUGAGAUGCACCCCGCCUCAGAAAGGCAGGCCCCGCACACGCCGCUUCCCCCCGGCCCACGCAAGGUGAGGCAAGCAUCGACUGUGGUGCUGGAGUAGGCAGCUUGGGGUGGUCCUCCAACCCCCGACUCUUGAAAGGGCCUCUGGGGGCCCUGCUUGGCUUGGUGCUACCUGUGAGUUUAAGUGCCGGCGCUUAUUUCCAAGCUUGGUCUUUGCACUGCAGAAAUCUCACGUGCAUCUCUACCAGCUGGAAUCGAAGGCUGCUGGGAGAGAAGAUUCCAAUAGUUUUGCUUGUCUGUAGCAAUGGAAGAGCUGUAUUUAUUGUACAUUACUGUGAAUACUGGUAAUUAAUUGGGCGCAUGAAGUGUGGAUGGAGUUUGAGGGAAUGAGUGAGAAGAUGCAUACAAGUGUUUUUAGAGUUAGCUGUCGGCGCGUGAAGAGUCCAAUUUCCAUUGUCAGGGGAGAAGACAAACACACCUGCUGAGGCACCACUUCUAACUUCCGCAUCUUGCCCAUCUCCUGGCCAAAGUGGGCAGGAUGCAUUCCGGCUGAAGACACAUGUUGUGCAGCGAGUUUACAAGCACCCGAAGGAAAGAAUCCAGGUGGAAUAAGGGGCAUUACCUGACUUGGUUCCAUUCACAAAGGACAUUCAGGGCUGCGCCAAGUGGACAGCCGGGCUUCCCCGAGACGGGCCGUUGCUCCCUUGAAGCACUGGGUUCCUCUUCAGGGGACCCCUCGUUCAAAUACCUCACAGGCCUUUCCGUUGCCACAUUGCCAGCUGCAAAAUAGAAGAGGAAGCCGUCGGCCCGCUGCUCCUGCUCCCUCCUUGACAAUGUAGGGGCACUGGAACGAUGCACACCUGGCCCAGAACACGUGUGUGCUGUAAUGUGACUUGGUGUAUAUUUAUUCCAAUUAUUUAUGGUUGCAUUUAAGAAAACAAGUUGUCCUCCAUGGUGUUUACACCCCGCCCAGUGCAAACGGAGCUGCUUGACGGGAGCAUUUUGUGUCCAGAGCGUAUGCCCUUCACCGGCACGGUGGGUUCCUUUGGAAGAGCAGGCAGGGACAAGCUGAAAGGCGCUGCUGCCAGGCGAGCAAGCUGGGCACGCCGUGUCUUCCUCCGUCUGGAGCCAGCGUCUGGCCACUGAAUGCACGAAUGAAAAGGAAUUCAGCUCAGCAAAGGACACGGACUGGAGGCGACUGAACCGCAGCUCCCGUUGAGCGUCCAGGUUGGUAUGGCUUGCGCACUCUUGUUUAAGUGCUUUUGGUUGGGUAGCGAGCAUCCAGGCCAAAGGAAAUUCUUCCUGCUUGCACAUGCUCCUUAAUACUUGGCCUGGAAACAGAGAACCUCCUGCAACUUCCAAGCUUUAUUCACCUGCUGAAGUGAGAACUACAUGAGAUGAAGACCCGUGGGCGGCCUGCUCGCUUUGGGAUAGGUUUGAUGCACUGUCCUUUUUAAUUUGUAUUUACUUACAGCAAACGUGUAAAUAUUUUGUACAAAAGGAAAAAGUGAGCCAGGCGCAGCCAUUCCUCUUGUGCAGGGGCACUCAGAGUUUCUACUGCCCAAGGGAGAGCAGCUGCGGAGCUGACAAAAGUGUGUUUUAUUUGCCAUUAUUUUGUUAAUUUAUUAUCUGCUUUUCACAUCUCAGUUCUACCACAAAGGUCCCUCCUUAGCACUGUUCUCCCUUCUCAACUGUAUCAGGAAAUGCAGCCUUAGCUUCCCUCUGUAAACCCACCAUAGUGCUUUGCUCUUGGAAAUAACACUGCAAAGUCGGUUGCCACUUGUUUUUAAGACCUUUGGCUUUUCUUGUAUUUAAUAAAUGCUUACUUUUGGUGGAA